UAGAAAUUCAUUCAGAACCUUAGAAAUCCACAUUUACACAGUUCUUAUAUGCUUGGGUUUUGGUCUGUAUCCAUUUAUGUAAGCCAAAUCUUUCUGAGGCUGACGGAAUUCAUAACAUUUUGCAACAAAGACAAAGGAAUACCACUGACAGCACAAUCUUAAGGCGCAACGAGUUCUCGCGCGAUGUUAAGACGCUACCGUCUUGACGUAAUAGGUUGCCAUGGUAGCCUCCCCCAACCAGGGUGUAAAGGAGCGGUGGGGCGAGAGGCGGAGCGCCGCUUCUGCAGAAGACAAGGGACUCUCUUCUCCUGCAGCUCUGACUCCUGCCAAAAUGAGCGGCCUGGAUGAGGGCAACAACCUCCCUGUUGCUGAAACCUGCUGCCUCGCUACUCCCGAUCAUGCCCCGGGACAUCCGGACCUAAAGCAGUGUCAGGGCGAGGAAACCGAAGCGACCCCGGUGAUGGCGGACACAGGUGAGGGCAGCUUGGAGACCGCCGCAGAGGGAGGCGCACCCCGGGACCCCGCGGGCUGUGGCCUUGCGCUCCGCAUUCGAGUUGCUGGGAGUCGCGGGCGUGUAGCGAUCAAAGCGAGCCAGAAGGAAGCUCCGGCUUCCGCAGAGGCCCUGGAAGCAGCCUCUGCCUCCUCAGUGGCAGACGACAAUAGCCAGGAAAAUGGCUGUCUGCGUAGAGAGCUGCGCAACCCUGCAGGGGAGAAAGCUCCAGAAGCCCGUGGCGCAGGGAGGUUAGGGUCUCAGAUGAUGCCUGGGGCGAAGGCCAAGGAAAUGACGAUCAAAAAGUGCACUGUUUCAGCGGCAGCGGAAAAGGAGGGAGUAGCAGAGGAGGUGGUGGAGGAAAAGAAGGUGAUGCAAAAGGAGAAAAAGGUGGUAGGAGGAGUGAAAGAGGAGACCCGGGCCCGGGCCCCAAAGAUCAAUAACUGCAUGGAUUCUCUGGAGGCCAUCGAUCAGGAGCUGUCAAACGUAAAUGCCCAGGCUGACAGGGCCUUCCUUCAGCUGGAGCGCAAAUUUGGCCGUAUGCGAAGGCUCCAUAUGCAGCGCAGAAGUUUCAUUAUCCAAAAUAUCCCUGGUUUCUGGGUCACUGCCUUUCGGAACCACCCCCAGCUGUCACCAAUGAUCAGUGGCCAAGAUGAAGAGAUGAUGAGGUACAUGAUCAAUUUGGAGGUGGAAGAGCUUAAACACCCCAGAGCAGGCUGCAAAUUCAAGUUCAUCUUUCAGAGCAACCCCUACUUCCGAAAUGAGGGGCUUGUCAAGGAAUAUGAGCGCAGAUCCUCUGGCCGGGUGGUGUCUCUUUCCACUCCAAUCCGCUGGCACCGCGGCCAAGAUCCUCAGUCCCAUAUCCACAGGAACCGGGAAGGCAACACUAUCCCCAGUUUCUUCAACUGGUUCUCAGACCACAGCCUCCUAGAAUUCGACAGGAUUGCAGAGAUUAUCAAAGCAGAACUGUGGCCCAAUCCUCUCCAAUACUACCUGAUGGGUGAUGGGCCUCGCAGAGGAUUUCGAGACCCAGCAAGGCAGCCAGUGGAGAGCCCCAGAACCUUCAGGUUCCAGUCUGGCUAACUUGUGCCAUUGUGAGAAGCUCCUGCAUAGUUUUCCCUGCCACCUCCUCUUGGACCUGUGCUUAGCCAACAGCAUGCAGUCUUCCUUUCUCUUCACACUGGAUUAUUUUGUCCUUUGAUCCUUCUAAAUCGUCAACAAUCAACUGCAAGAUGGUUGCUUUAAUGCUUACGCUCUUCUUCCUCUGGGGCUGCCUGCUGUUCUGCAUCAUGUUACGUGUUCCAAGUGCAUGGCCUUCCACUUCUUCUACGCCAGGCACGUGAUACUGUGUAGAUUUGUACUGCUUUCUUUUGCAUGCCCUGGGCACUGUGACUAUGGCCUUCUCCCAGUUUUUAAAGUGGUUAUCUACCACAAAGAAGCUUGAUACAUCUUUGCAAAUACUUAGCUAGGCUUCAUACUUUAUGCUGGCUGUCCUGUUACCCAUUUACUGUAUGACAAGAUCUUUGAGUUUCACUGCUGCGAGAUGAAGCUGAUCUAGAUGAUGCCAGCCAUCAACCUAAACUGGACAUUGGAGGCUCCCAGCAACUGGUUAUCAACUGCCUUCCUGGGCCCAUGCCAUCCACCCUGCUGGUUAUCUGGCAGAAUAAGCAGCUGGCUGGUGGUGGCUACUAGGCAUGAAUGAGGUAACAGAUGAGAGGUGUUCUGUGUUGUCAUGUUGGUCUUCUUAUGCUUUUGGUCACUCUGCAUUGUGACCAGGUACUGGUGAGUAUGAAGGCAUGUAAUAGGGACCACCCAAACCUGAUCCCAGCCUUCUGGAUGAGCUUUGCACAGGAACCACUGCCUGCCUGUUCAGGAACUAUCUGUGAACUUAAGCUCGUGGGCAGUGCACAGGAACUGCCCCCUCACUGCCUUCCAAAUGGUUACCUGUUAACUCGAUUGUCAGGAGCCCAAAGCAAAGCUGGUGGGGUGUCCCUUCCAGCAGUUAGAAUUUUUGAGCCCCAGCAACAAACCACCCUUAAUGUAGGCAACUUUAUUAGGCCCCCUCUUAACCCCUCCUGGACCCACUCCGAACAUGACACAAUUGCCAGGCUGAGGGUACCAAGGAAGAGGUAUUUCUAGUCUGUGGGGCCUGUGUGCAUUUGUCUCUGUCUCUGUCUCCCCCUCCCCAUCCCUCCCUCCUUUCUUCUCCCUCCACCCCUCCUCCCUCUCCGAAGAAGUUAUAGCUCAGAAAUAGAAAACAAAACUGGCAAAGCAGACUUUAAUUUGCUCUCCCCUUGCUUGUGUCCAGAAGGAGAAAUGUACUGUAUAUGGGACUCCAGAUCUCUUACUGUAUUUUUCUACCCUCAUGCGUCCAUCCCACUGCCUUCAGCAAGGUUGAAACAUUUCAAAGGGAGACCUAUAGAUUAAUGCCUACUUACAGGCAUUGUUCUUUUGGGCCAGCUUUGACAACCCCAUCCUCUUCCUUAUCCAUUUUCCAAAACCUGUGUGUUUUCUGAGCUUUAGUUUGAGAAGCUGAGAGGAGAGACAGAAGAGCCUCACAGUGAUGGCUUCAAGACACACCCAGAGCAGGUUGUGAUCAAGGCAAUCAAAUCUUAGUUUCACUCCACUUUUCUAAGCAUGAAAAUUCUUUUAUGGGCCUUGGUCCAUUUAGAAAUAACCCCCAAGGCAGCAUUUUGAGGAUCACCCCUGUCCUCUGUACUAUUCUAUUACUGCCCUGAUGUCCCACAGGCCUCCAUCCUACUGCCUGGCCUUCUUGGCUCUCAGUCCUCAGCUUCCUCAUUUCUUUCCCUGCUUCUGACCUAACAAAUGAGGGAGCAGGCUGCAGUCUGCAUUGUGGGAGCUGCCAAGCCUCCCUCCCAGAGGAUAAAGGAAUGUGUGGAGUUGGCUCCCCUGGGCUUGAGAUGUCUGGACACAGAAUAGUGCGAAGGGUGAUCUAGCUAUGGGAACUGAAAGCCCAGAAAACAAACGAGCUUGCCGUGGAGUGGGCUUGGGAAGGCAGACAGGAAAGACGAACUCUGCAGGGUCAGGGGUGGGAGGGGAGGCCCCUGAGGUUUUUCCCAGGAGAGGUGGGAGAAUGAAAGUGGUUAAUGUUUAUAGAGGAUGCUUGGAGGAGUUUGGUUUUCCUCCAGUUUUUCCUAACUCCUUGAAUUCACCAGUAGAUUUUUGUGCACACAAAUGCAAGUCUGAAUGUUUCCUAUUCUAGAAUGUGAACGACUAAUGGUAUAUGCUCCUUAUUUCACUGUGAGUAAAGUCCUAUUAAUUCCUUUCUCCAUUUUCACUUGCUGGCAAAAUUGACAUUUACAGGCCAGCUUUUUGCUUGUAAUUGAGAAUGUGUGCAAAAAUAUCAAGCUUGUUUCCUGUGCAUUAUGAAGACUUCUGUGAAUAUUCACUAAUAUACCAGCUUGCUCUGGUCUCUCUUCCUAUAUAGCUCUAUUCCUAGAAAUAUGAUUUGAAUGUGAUCUUUGAAAUUUUACAAAUUGUUGCUGUCUUGUGAAAGUAUUCUCAAACAGAAAAACAACUCUGUUGUCUUGAUAUUUCUUGUCCUAGUAAAUGUACUUGACAUCUUAUGUUCCUAACCAGUGUUAAGUAAGUACUUGUAGAAUCGCUCUGUCAAACUAAACAACGAUAGUAUGGUAGUCUCCUCCCAUGUGCUCGAAGGAAAAAUAAAUGUUACUCUGCUGUAUUUCUUAUUUUCACCAAAAAAUAAAAAUAAAUAAAGUUCUGUCUGUUUUGUCUAGGCUAA